CAUACCUACACUAGGUACUCCGUACCUUAGUCUGCGACCUGGAUCGGAAAACUCUGCAACGGCUGUGGGACAGACACGAUACCAAAAGCGAAAGAAAGGCAAACAUCACACUCUGUUCAAUCAUGGCCCGUACGUACCUACUUUGUAGUGUACUUUACCUAUUAGGUAGGUAUGUGGUGUACGGAGUACUUACGGCCCUGAUCCAUGGAACCCACACACCAACGCCUCACCAUCUUACCUGGAUGAGUAUCUUGGCUGGCCAAGGUACCUCCUCACACGAAAUACCUGGCUAUGUACUCCGUUCAGUACGACUCCGCCAACACAACCAGCCCACCAACCCUUCUGCCAAGCCCAAAGACAAGCAUCCACACCCCAAGGUCCGUCCAUCCAUCCAGCAUUAUUGCCUGUUGGCUUACCGAGCUGUUUGUCUCCGGUUCAAACUAUCCUUCUCAUAUUUUCAACAUUUCUAUUCUUGUUCCAUCUCUCGCACUCUCUCGCUCAUUCUCGCCCUGGGUCGCUUGCCGCCGCCAAUCUCCAAGUUUGCUGGGCAAUCAACACCGCACCCGGCCGCUCAACUCGCUUGUAUGACGCUGCAUCAUCCAUCCUCUACCAAUUGGGUUCCGAGUCUUGGUUAGACACCGACGCUGCUCGAAUUGCCGGUCACGAGGACGAGGAUAUUCGCGCAAGCUUGCAGCCACCAACAUUGGAUGACUGCGGCGGCGACGACGACGACGACCAAGACACCGACGACAAAGACAACGACGAACACGCUCAAGCUUCCAACCUUCCUCCUACCCCGGAUUCUGGCAUUCCUCCCCGUGAGUUAGGUUGACCUGCCUGCACCCACCACCACCGAGGCCUACGAAGUAUACAACGUCCCGAUUCCCGCCAGACUGA